AUGCCCGACUCAGAUGAUUUCUUCCAAGACAAAGAGAAUGUCUCGACAACCUCAAAGAAGUCAAAGACCGUUGAAGAGACCUACCAGAAGCUCACACAGCUUGAACACGUCCUCCUUCGUCCUGACACCUACAUCGGAUCUACUGAGAUGCACAGGACCAAGUUGUGGGUGUUCGAUGAAGAGAUCGGAAUGAAUCAGCGCGAGGUCACGUACGUUCCUGGCCUCUUCAAGAUCUUUGAUGAAAUCCUGGUGAACGCUGCAGACAACAAGCAGAGGGAUAAGACUAUGGACACGCUCAAGGUUGUGAUCGACCCGGAAGAGUCGAGCAUCUCUGUCUACAACAACGGCUGUGGCAUCCCUGUGGAGAUGCAUAAGGAGGAGAACUGCUGGGUACCAGAGCUCAUCUUCGGCCACCUCCUCACGAGCAGCAACUACAACGACAAGGAGAAGAAGACCACAGGAGGAAGGAACGGUUACGGAGCAAAGUUGGCCAAUAUCUUCAGCACUGAGUUCACAGUUGAGACUGCCGAUGGAUCCAGGUCGGGGAGAAAGUACAAGCAGACAUGGACGGACAACAUGCAGAACAAGACCAAGGCAACAGUGAAAGAGUGCAAGGAGAGCGACAACUGGACUUGCAUCACCUUCAAGCCUGACCUCUCCAAGUUCGGAAUGGUGCACCUUGAUGUGGACACGGUUGCUCUCAUGAAGAAGCGCGUGUACGACAUGGCUGGAACCAUCCCCGGCGUCAAGGUCUUCCUCAAGGACCAGCGCAUCAAGAUCAAGACCUUCGAAGACUACUGCAAGCUCUACCUCUCCUCCUCGUCGGUGCUCCUCGAGGGCGAGGCCAAGUACGUCCACUACAAGCCCAACGACAGGUGGGAGAUGGUGAUAGCAGCGAGCGACGGGCAGUUCCAGCAAGUGUCCUUCGUCAACAACAUCGCUACCACACGAGGAGGUUCGCAUGUGAACCAUGUGGCCGACCAGCUGGUCCAGAUGUUCUCGGACCACCUGGGCAAGAAGCACAAGGGGCUGAAGCUGAAGCCCUUCCAGAUCAAGGGCCACAUGUGGAUCUUCCUCAACUCUCUCAUCGAGAACCCGGCCUUUGACUCGCAGACCAAGGAGACGCUGACGCUGAAGCCCUCGGCCUUCGGGUCCAAGGCUGAGUUCGACGACAAGUUCUUCAAGAAGAUGCUCAACGGGACCAAAAUCAUCGACGGCAUCCUGAGCUUCGGGCAGGAGAAGCAGGAGAAGGAUAUGAAGAAGACGGACGGGAAGAAGACUGGAAGGAUCGUGGGCAUCCCGAAGCUCGAGGAUGCCAACGACGCCGGGACGAAGCACGCGGCCGACUGCACGCUCAUCCUUACGGAGGGAGACUCCGCCAAGGCCCUGGCGGUCAGCGGGCUGGCAGUGGUGGGGAGGAACAGGUACGGCGUGUUCCCCCUGCGAGGAAAGGUGGCGAACCCCAGGGAUGCGAACCACGAGCAGAUCAUGAAGAACGAGGAGAUCAAGAACCUGAAGACGAUCCUCGGGCUCCAGCAGGGCAACAAGUACGAGAACGGCCCGCAGGGGCUGCGCUACGGGCACGUGAUGAUCAUGGCGGAUCAGGACCCUGACGGUUCGCACAUCAAGGGGUUGCUGAUCAACCUGUUCCACUACUACUGGCCGAACCUGCUGCGACACCCUGGGUUCCUGCAAGAGUUUGCGACGCCGAUCGUGAAGGCGAAGAAGAAGGGAGGGGGGAAGAACGAGAUCGCCUUCUUCACCCUCCAGGAGUACGAGGAGUGGAGGGAGCAGGUCGGGGACGGCUUGGGCGGCUGGACGAUCAAGUACUACAAGGGUCUAGGUACCUCCUCCUCCCAGGAAGCCAAGGAGUACUUCUCCAAUCUGCCGCUCCAUCAGAUGGACUUCGCGUGGGAGGGAGCGGAAGAUGGAGAGAUUAUCGACAUGGUGUUCAGCAAGAAGCGAGCUGACGACCGUAAGCAGUGGCUGCUGAGGUACGAGGAGGACCUGUUUGUGGACCACAACGGGUCGGAGGUGACCUACUCGGACUUCAUCAACAAGGAGCUCAUUCACUUCUCCAUGAUGGACAACAUGCGCUCCAUCCCCUCGCUCGUGGACGGCUGGAAGCCUGGGCAGAGGAAGAUCCUCUACGCCUGCUUCAAGAGGAAGCUCAAGGCCGAGAUCAAGGUCGCGCAGCUGGCCGGCUACGUGGCCGAGCACAGCGCAUACCAUCACGGGGAGCAGUCGCUGGCGAUGGCGAUAGUGGGAAUGGCGCAGAACUUUGUGGGUAGCAACAACGUCAACGUCCUCGUCCCCUCCGGUCAGUUUGGCACGAGGCUGCAGGGUGGGGCGGACGCUGCAAGCCCUCGCUACAUCUUCACGUACCUGCACCCCAUCACCCGCUUCCUCUUCCACGAGGCCGACGACGCCAUCCUCAAGUACCUCAACGAUGACGGGCAGAGCAUCGAGCCGCAGUUCUACGUGCCCAUCCUGCCCACCGUCCUCGUCAACGGGGCCCACGGGAUCGGGACGGGGUGGAGCACGGACGUGCCCUGCUACAACCCGAGGGACGUGGUGAGCAACCUGAAGCGGCUGCUGCGGCAGGAGGUCAUGGAGCCGAUGCACCCGUGGUUCCGCGGCUUCCAGGGGAGCGUCGAGCUGAACGUGAGCAAGAAGGGGGAGGUGUCGUACACGCUAGUGGGGAAGUGGGAGAAGGUGGACGAGACAACCCUGGUGAUCAACGAGCUGCCGGUCGGCAAGUGGACGCAGCAGUACAAGGAGUUCCUGGAGACGCUGAUGGACACCGAGGGGGGUAAGAAGGAGCCCUUCAUCAAGGGGUACCGGGAGUACCACACGGACACGACGGUCUACUUUGAGGUGUCGAUGACAGAGAAGAGGAUGGAGGAGGCCGAGGAGGUGGGGAUAGCGAAGAAGUUCCAGCUGAGCAGGAGCCUCGCCAUCUCCAACAUGCACUUGUUCAACGCCGACGGGCAGAUCCAGCGCUACGACUCGCCCGAGCAGAUCAUGAGGGAGUUCUACGGGGUCAGGAUGGAGCACUACAGGCAGAGGAAGGAGCAACUGGAGGGCGAGCUGGGCAAGCAGCUCAAGGUGCUGGACAACAAGUGCCGGUUCAUCAAGGAGGUCAUCGCCGGGACCCUCAAGGUUAACAACAGGAAGAAGACGGAGAUCGUGCAGGACCUGUCCGCGCGGGGGUACAUGCCUCUCUAUAAGGAGGGGAAGAAGAAGGCUGCUGAGGGGGAGGAGCAGGAGGGGGAGGCGCAGGAGCAGGAGCAGCAAGAGGGCAAGGGGAGCAGCGGAGGAUACGACUACCUGCUCAAUAUGCCCAUCCUGAGCCUGACGCUAGAGCGGGUGAAGCACCUGCAGGAGGAGCGGGACGGGAAGGCCAACGAGUUGGAGGAGCUGAACAAGCUGACGCCCGCGGACCUCUGGGAGCGAGACCUCGACUCGAUUGAGCAGGAGGAAGAGAAGAAGAUGAAGGAGAAGGGGCCCAAGGUGAAGGCGAGCCAGGGCAGCAAGAAGGUCCUCAAGAAGAAGGCGGCCAAGAAGAGGAGGAAGUCUUGGGGCGGCGACAGCAUGAGCGAGGACGACAGCGACGUCUCCCUUGACGACGAUAGCGACGAGGAGUUCGCUGCUGCCUCCAAACCCAAGAAGCCCCAGGCCAAGCCUGCGGCCUCCUCUGCCCCUGCUCCCAAGGCUCCUGCUCCAGCCUCCUCCGCCUCCCUCCCGGCCUUCAAGGCUGCCGCCUCCAAGCCGCAGCUGAAGCGCGCAGGGUCAGAGGAGGAGAAGCCGCGGCAGAUGAAGAAGCAGGACCUCAAGGACACGCCCGACAAGUCGGCCAUGCUGGCCCAGAGGCCCAAGGUCCUGGACGAGGACGAGGACGAAGAUGUUCCUGCCCUCUCCCUCAUGGAGCGACUGGCUGCCAAGAUGACGGACAAGAAGGUCGCAGCCCCUGCAGCGAAGCCUGUGAAGAAGGUCAGGAGGAGGAGGAGGAGGAGGAGGAGCCAGAUCUGA